GAUUGGAAUGCUUUUAAAUCAUUAAAACGGAGGAUCAAAUGUGCCAUCAGACAAGCGGAAACAGAUUAUUUCAAUAAAGAAAUUCUCUCUAAUAAAAAUUGCCGCGGUGCAAUUUGGAAAACAAUCCGUCGUGCAAUACCAAAAUCAUCUAGCCAGCAGUUGACCUAUACCAAAGAUACAGUAUCCUUAUCUAAUCAAUUUAAUGUAUUUUUUACAUGCGUCGGGCAACAAGCUGCUACAUCUUCAAGAAAGCUUGCUGUAGAACAUGGGCUACAAGCAUCAGAAUCAGUUCUCCCCGUGCCAUAUCCUGAAGAUGAGUUAUUUUAUUUCAGACCAGUAACAUGUGAGGAGGUAAAUAAAGUUAUCCUGUCAAUGCCCAACAACAAAGCACCGGGAUAUGAUAAAGUCCCAGUUAAAGUAAUUAAGAACUGUCGCCCCGAAAUUUCGGAUACUGUCACCACGCUGAUAAAUCUAUCCUUCGAGAGUAACACAUUUCCACGUGAAUGGAAAAAAGCGGUAGUGAUACCCCACCUCAAGGAAGGCGACCAUGAAGAGGCUGAUAAUAACAGGCCUAUUUCUCUACUACCAGUACUUUCCAAAAUCGCUAAACGCUUGGCUCUGAUCCAGUUUACAGAAUACUUAGUUCAAAAGCAGAGAUUAACCAACCAUCAAAGUGGAAAUAGAAAGUUACACUCCACUGAAACCAUUAGCCUACUUAUCACUGACCACAUUUUUAGAGCAAUGGACGAAAAAAAGAUUACAGCAAUGGUUUUAAUAGACCUGAGUAAAGCCUUUGAUAGCAUUUGCCAUGAAAGACUACUCCAAAAGCUCCAAAAUGUAGGCGCUUCUUCCUCUAGCGUUGAUUGGUUUCAGAGUUAUCUAUCCGAUAGAUAUCAAGUCACACGCAUUGGUCAAUCUACAUCAACUCCUUUAUUGGUGAAACAUGGAGUCCCACAAGGCUCCAUCUUGGGUCCACUGCUGUUUACAAUAUACAUGAACGAUUUACCCAAAGUUGUUUCGAAUUGUGACGUAGAAUCAUAUGUUGACGACACAAAGACGUUUAUAUCAUUUUCCUUAUCAGAAGCCAACCUUGGCCUGUUAAGCCUUUCCCAAGAUCUCAGAAAUAUAGCAGAAUGGUGUUCUAAUAAGCUUCUAAUAAAUCCCUUGAAGACAGAGUUUAUGAUAUUUGGAAUGGAGAAAGCGAUAAAGAACCUGCCAAACUUAGGAAAAAGGAAAAAUAUUAACACCUGCCAGAGUUUGUAA